CCUCUCUUUCUUGGGUGCUCUCUCUUUCUCUCUCUCUCUCUCUCUCUCGGUGUGGCAAGAGGCUUGCAGGUGGACCUCGGCAGACAAAGGUUAAGCCCGCACGUACGGACUACGACGACAAAGUCUCUCCUUCCCCCCCCCCCCACCCCCCCUCCUCUCUCUCUAAUUAAGAAGGGUGAUCCAACAGAGAGACAGGAGGUGCAGGGAGGAGGAGGAGGAGGAAGAUGGGGGACAAAGCGGUGGUAGGAGUUGUGGACGACAUGGGGGAGAACAUGCAGUGCGUGGACCACCCUUACCGUAGCAACCCCGGAGGUGUCUGCGCCUUCUGCUUGCAGGAGAAGCUGGGCAACCUGGUUUCAUCCUCCAAGUCCACCCCCUUCUUCUCCCUCCAGCCUGCCCCUUCCUCCUCAUCGUCCUCGCCCACCUCCUUCCGCUCCGACGCCGGCGUCGUCGUUGGCGGAGGCGUCGGAUUUGCAUCCGGCUACUCACGUGCCGGUUCGGCCGGUGGUGGACGUAGGACCAAGUUCCCCUUUCUGGCCGCCAGCCACAGCAAGAACAAGAAGAGCGGCGGCGGCGGCGGCUAUGGGAACGGUGGAAGGAAGGUGAUGGCUUCCGUCGCCACCACGACUAGCAACACGGACGUUUCUGCGUCGGCGCGCAACGACGGCGGUUUCGUGUUGAACCGAAGCAGGUCUGUGGCGCCGAGAACGGGUGGAGGCCUCGUGCAGGGUGGUGGCGGCAUUCGGGAGUCAGCGGUGGCGGAUAGCCCACGGAAGAAGAGCUUCUGGUCGUUUCUCUACCUCUCGUCCGCCUCUUCCACACACACCGCUUCUUCGAUCACCAACGACAACAGCAGUAGCAGCAGCAACGUCAACAGGCGGAGAUCCACCUCAUCCUCAUCGGUUGGAAGAGGCGACAGGGACGUCAGCGACAAGCAGCAGAAGCAGCAAGACGACCCAUGCACCGCCGGCCCUAUGCAAGGCGUGAACGGCGUGGAUGAGGCGGAGAGCCCGUGCGGCAGCCAGUCGUCGUCCUCGUUCGGUAGGAAGGUGGCCCGGUCCAGAUCGGUGGGCUGCGGCAGCAGGAGCUUCUCGGGGGACUUCCUGGAGCGCAUCUCCACCGGGUUCGGCGACUGUACUCUCCGGAGAGUCGAGUCCCAUCGCGAGGCGAAGCCCAAGGCCGUCCUCAACCUGGAACAUCACGACAACGAGGGGGAGCAGCUGCGUCCGACGGUGAGGGAGCGGGUCAGUUGUGGAGGGCUCUUCGGUGGUUUUGGGAUGAUGUCGUCCUUCUACUGGCUCUCGGCGGCCACGGCCGACGACGGCUUCGACGACAGCAGUAGGAUCCCGGCGGCCACCAGGCCCACCGCCGCCGCCGCUCAAGGAGGAGGCCGGACGCGGAGCUGGGGGUGGGCCUUGGCGAGCCCAAUGAGGGCGUUCAAGCCUUAUUCUAAAUCCCUUAACGCCAUCAACAAUGCUGCUGCCUCUGCAGCGCCAGCCACCAACGUCAUCUCCUCCAUCAAUGGCAGCAACAAAAUGGUUAGUGACGGUGGUAGCAGCAGCAGGAAAGGUCACAAACUCGCUGCUAAUCCAUCAUCUCUUGCCGUCGGAAGUUAGCAAACCACACACCUCUGUUCAGCCAAUUAAGCGGUGUUCAUCGAUUUGUUCUGGCUUCCACAGCCUAAUAAUUACGAUCUUUCUCUUCUCUCGGUUUCC